UUGCAGGGUGCGCAGUCUAGUUUUUAUUUUACGUCAUUGGCGGCAACGUUCAUAUACUGCGGCCAUUGGAACUGUAGGCUAGAAUGAGAACUUCUGUGUGCUGAUCCAGGCAGAAGCGCCCUCGGGCUCAACUUGGACAAAAAGUGGAAAGCUCGAAAAACCCGAGCCUGAGAUACAGCGUGACGUAAGAGAGUGAUCGAUGGAGGGUCUCAGACCUCGGUCCGCCGAUGAGAACGGACUCCAGCAAGAUGGCACCACACGCCGCGACAACGGAGAUCAACAGCAGCGCAAUGAGGGGUCGAAAUCGGAUUUGGUGGACUCGCAAUUUGGUGACGAAAGCGGUAUGAGGAGGGAAAUAAGGUGCAAGUACAGAGACCUCAUCGAUUCAGUUCAUCGAAAUAGAGAAGAUUUGCUGAGUCCUUCCAACAACAAACUCACAGAAGUUCUGGAAGAGGCAGACAGACUGUUUGUAAAUGUGCGACAGACGAGCGAAGCGGUGCUGGAUUCCAAGUUCGUUGCUGUGGCCACGGACCUGAACAAUGAGAGAGCCAGCCUGAUGCGAGACGAGGACAGUUCUUUUGACUUCACUGUAUUUGCCGAGCACCUCCUGUCCUUCAUGGGUCUCAACCGGCUGGAAACUGGGAAGGAGCAGACAGGGGAUCAAGUCAGUGGGUACCUGCCCAGCGACGCCUGGCAAAGACUGGCUCGGGGAGCUGAGAGCUGUUUUAGGACGGCGCCGACCUUCCACUACAUGUUGGGUUCCUUCCAUGCUGAGCCACCCCCUCCAAAGCAAAAGAUCGCUCGACAAAGGAAACCCCCCAGCAAGGAAGCAAAAAGGAUCAUGCCCACUCAGCUGAAAAAGCUGGAAGAGGCCAAACAAGAAGCCACCGAGAGAGAGGUGGAGAGGAUCCUCGCCUGCCUGAAACGUUAUCAUCAAGAUGACCCGUUGUCGCCGAUCCCGUAUUACGAGUUUGUUAUUGACCCUGGCUCCUUUUCACGGACGAUAGAGAACAUUUUCCACACGUCUUUCCUCCUCAGGGAUGGAUUGGCACAAAUUGGUUUGGAUCGAGACAGGUUGCCUUAUAUAGCUCCUGUGGAGGAGGAGGCCAUAGAAAUAGAUGCAGGAGGAUCGGACAACCGUAAUGCGUGUAUCAUUUCAAUGAGCCCAAAGAUGUGGAAGGAGUUCAUUGAUGCCUUAGACAUCAGGACCCCCAUGAUUCCGCCCCAAAGCACAGACAAGUAGUGAUGGAACAAACAUUGUAUCACAACGGACUCAACAUUGGUUUGUUUGUUUUUUUCCCCCUAAUUUGUUGGAUUUAAGAUGUAUUUUUGUUACUUUUUUUUGUACAAUAAUAAAAAUUCCAACAUGA